AAAUCGAUAGGCUAAGGAAGCUCCAUCGAUCCUGCGUUAUUUUGCCGGUAAUUGAUUGAUAGAUGGCGUCGGAGAAGAGCAAGAUCCUGGUGGUCGGCGGCACGGGGUACCUGGGCAGGCACGUCGUGGCGGCGAGCGCGCGGCUGGGCCACCCCACCUCGGCGCUCGUCAGGGACACGGCGCCGUCCGACCCGGCCAAAGCGGCGCUGCUCAAGACCUUCCAGGACGCCGGUGUGACGCUCCUCAAGGGCGACCUGUACGACCAGGCUAGCCUGGUGAGCGCGGUGAAGGGCGCGGACGUGGUCAUCUCCGUGCUCGGAUCGAUGCAGAUCGCCGACCAGAGCCGGCUCGUCGACGCCAUCAAGGAGGCCGGCAACGUCAAGAGGUUCUUCCCGUCGGAGUUCGGCCUGGACGUGGACCGCACGGGCAUCGUGGAGCCGGCCAAGUCCAUCCUAGGCGCCAAGGUGGGCAUCCGCCGCGCCACCGAGGCCGCGGGCAUACCCUACACCUACGCCGUGGCCGGCUUCUUCGCGGGCUUCGCGCUCCCCAACAUCGGGCAGCUCCUCGCCCCCGGCCCGCCCGCGGACAAGGCGGUCGUCCUCGGCGACGGCGACACCAAGGCGGUGUUCGUGGAGGAGGGCGACAUCGCCACGUACACGGUGCUGGCGGCCGACGACCCGCGCGCGGAGAACAAGGUGCUGUACAUCAAGCCGCCGGCCAACACGCUGUCGCACAACGAGCUGCUGUCGCUGUGGGAGAAGAAGACCGGCAAGACGUUCCGGCGGGAGUACGUGCCGGAGGAAGCCGUGCUCAAGCAGAUCCAAGAGUCGCCGUUCCCUCUGAACAUCAUCCUGGCGAUCGGGCACGCGGCGUUCGUGCGUGGGGAGCAGACGGGCUUCGAGAUCGACCCGGCCAAGGGGGUGGACGCCAGCGAACUGUACCCGGAUGUCAAGUACACCACCGUCGACGAGUACCUCAACCGCUUCCUCUGAGCCUGAGGUCUCAACAAACAGGACGUCACGUACGGCCGCGCCGGGGCCAUGAUGUGUGGACGUCCUCAUCGUCAGCUGCUUACCUAAACAUCACUAGCAGCAUACCGUAGUGUACGCUACGGUAGAAAUGGAAAGACAAUAUGUUUUCUAAAUAAUAAGAUAGAUUAAGGUUCAUGUCAAAAGGGAUUUAUGAUGAGUUAUAUCACAUUGUUGAGCUAACAAAAAAUAUGCUUAAAAGAGU